AUGCAGUUUGAAAGUUUCACGCAGACAAUGCCAAAGUUAAUGGUGACAAAGCAGUUUCAAGAGAGCGACGAGACGGAGAGUGAGAGCGAGGCGCAGCACGAGGAGAGUGACUCCUGUGCUUCGGAGAGUGCGAGCAGUAGCGAAGAUUCGGCACGCAGUUAUUGCAGCAGUACUGUCCCUCCUGAAAGUAGCACCAGCGAGCAGGAUGAAGACGAGGUACGCAGCGAGAACUUAAGCCCAGCGACGAUUGUGAAGAAGACAAGAUGGUAUGAUGCUGUGAAAAGUGAGGAAGGAUGUGAGGCGCACCCGACGAAGAAAUUGAGGAGAGUUGAGUGUUCGAAGCGGACGAAUUUGUCUGAUAGUUACCUUGACAAGGAUCGCGAGGCGGAAGGAUCGAUACCACGGAGUGUGAGAGGCUUGUUGAAGGAAGAAAAUGGGGGCGACGAGCUCGUUGACGGUGACUGGCAGACGCAACUGUCGCGAGAUGCGAAUGCGCGAGAUACUGCGGUUACGGUUAAGACCGAUGAAUUUGCCGACGAGAGUGACACAGACAGCGACACGGAGUGGCGUGACAAUGAAUGGGAGCAUCGCGUGUCAACAGAGGAUGAAGAUGAGGAGGUGAUUUCACUUGGUGACGUCAACCAAGCAAAGUUUGUGCUGCGAAAUAUCACAUCACGCAUUCCCCUCGUUGAGGAAACAGCGAUCCGUCGAAGUGUUAAACUGUCGGGACCACCGCUUGAAUUUGCUACGACUCAUUCGGAUGAGUAUGCGCGGAAAUUUCGUUGGCCUCAGCAUACGCGGAACCUUCGUGAUACCAAUUUUUUGCAGGAUCCGAUCGAAAUUUUGGAGGAUUUUGAGCUACUAACAGGAGCCAGACAGCCAAGUCCGCGCCCCACAACUUCACACCAGCUAAGGCCAAAUGGAGAAGCUGUCCCUUUGGAGAGCGCUUUUGCUCGUAUACCACGUCCUAUGAUAGCACUUGCAGCUGAAACCCUGUGCCGGUCAUCGCAAAAGCGGAAGCGAAAUAACUCUGCGAACGAGGGUGGGGCCAGUUUAUUGCCUCCAGCGUCUACCUUACUGGGUUUUGCUCGAAUUGGGGGACAGUUCAGCGACCACUUUGUCGGAUCGUUAAUCCGCUCAAACGGGAAAGCGCUCCACGGCACUGACGACGAGCUUGUUUGUAGCCUUGACAAACGUUGCUGGUCUUCACUUCCGACGAAGAAAAAGCCUGUUGCAAAUUGGAGGUUUAUCUUGGAGCAUGUACAGAAAACCAUCGGUAGAUGUGAGGGUGUUUGCGACGUUGUCUGCCCGGCCAUUGCGCCAGAAACGAUGGAUCGUAUUGCGGAUCGCCUAAUGAUAUUGUAUGGAUACACAAUGCAGCACGAAGAUGAUGACAUUUUCGAGAGAGCAGCACGGCGAACAUGA